CAACCAAGCUUUCUUUCAACAUCUCACCAAUCUUUGAGCACCCGCUUCUCCCCUGAAGAAUCCUGCCGAAGAGAUUCUAAUCCUACCGUCAUGGCUCCUGCUACCUCCUUGCUUUCGCUCAUCGCCACUGCCCUGCUGGCAGCACAGUCUGUUGCCGCGUUGGGUUGCUUUGGUAGUGGGGAAACAUAUGGCCAAGUAACGAGCGACACAAGCCAGCUUGCCUCUGCUCGAAGCAGUGCAUGCAACUCCUUCGCCGGCAGCUAUCCUCAGGGCGCCUCGCGAUCCUUGUGCGCCUCUUUCCCCGACACAGGCACCCGGAUCAAUUUCUCGGCAUCAAACACAGCUAGCACUCCUCAAACGCUGACGUACGAUGACUGUGAAGCUGCUUUGACCAUCGAGAUGAACGGCUGCAAGCGUGGCAGCAGGCAGAAGCAUGGCAAUUUCGAGUAUCUGGAUGACCCAAAUAAUGGAACUUGUUAAGUUAGUUCCGUGUCGCACUUGUCACUGUGAUUGCAUUGACUUUGCAGGCAGGACUGUUGAAGUUGAAGGUGGGUUUGUGGUCGAAUACUCUCAAGCAAUAUGUGGACCAGUCAAGGAAGAGGAGGAGGGUAGAAGGCGCGGAGAUCUCUUGGUGGUUGAGAUUCUGAAAGCAAGUAAAUGGUAGCUUACUAGGCUUUCCGCCAGAGUGAUUUUGUAAUGCAUUCAUGUCAGAAAUACUCAAAACUAUUGCACUUUUCAGCCCUUCUAUAGGUCUUUUUACUUAACCCAAAAUCCUUUUGAUACGCUACUAUUAAAUCUUAUUAACAAUGCACUUAAAACACCUUUGAUGUUGAGUAUAAUAAAGGAGGGAUUCUACCGAAAAUAAUCCAAAGGCUUUAAGUGAUGCAAAUUUGAAUAAACCAAGUCAAAAA